AUGACGUGCCGUCUGCUGUGCGCCCUGUUGGUGCUUGCCCUGUGCUGCUGCCCGUCCGUGUGCGGGACUGUUGAUGGUGAGGAUACUGGAGUCCGUGAUCCAAUCUCUACUCCGCCAAAGCAUGUGGAUCAGCAUGGUGAGCCACAGGAAUCAAUUACGGUGGAUGGUGUGUUGCAGGCAGGAAGUCGGAGAAACAGUGAGGAUGGGUCAAGAAAUAACAAAUCCACCCCGCCAAAGGAAGAAAAGAAGUCUGUUAAGGUACUGACACCAAAUACGGAAGCUAGUGUGGCGGGGCAAGCAGGUUCGGUGGACAUUAACGGACACGUUGCAAAAGAAAAUGUCGAUCCUUUGCAGGGAUCAGAUACGGUUAAUGCGGGACAGGAUGUAAAAAGAGCCGAUACGGAAAUAAAAACAAAUACGACGACAAACACAACCAGGACAAACGCACCAACUACAAGUACGACUACAACAAUCACCGCGCCAGAGGCACCAAGUAAUACGGCCAUGAAUACAGAGGCGCCAACUACGACGACGACUACCACAACAACAACCACAGAGGCACCAAUCAUUACAUCUACGGAAGCACCAACUACGACGACCACCCGAGGGCCGUCACAUCUUCGCGAAAUUGACGGCAGCCUCAGCAGCUCUGCGUGGGUGUGUGCCCCGCUGCUGCUCGCCGUAUCCGCGCUGGCGUACACCAAUCUCAGCUGA